AUAGGGACAGCAGGAGAGAAGACACAGGUUUUGUAGAAGACUCUUCGCAGCUCUGCACCAUUGAGGAUCAGACUCUGUCUGGUAUCUGUGCAGUUGAGCCAAGUUCAGGUCAGCUGGAGGAGACGGCCGGUGACUCCACGGUGCCCAUCGAGUCCGAAAUGAGGGAGAGUGGUUCUCUGGAGCUGGACCCCUCUGUGUCGGCAGCGAUGGAGCCAGAGAGGGCGGCCACCAUGCCCCUGGAGACCCUCAGAGCCCAGACGGUGCUGCAGGAGGGCAUGCUGGGACGCAAACACGAUGUGGAUGGCUCAGGAAAGAAGGCUUCAAAUAGGUCAUGGACCACCUUGUUCUUUGUGCUGAAGCCAGAGCAGCUCUCAGCCUAUAAGGAUCUGAAGACUUAUAGCCAUGGCAUCACGUACCACGGAGAGAACCCUCUGUUCCUCAGUGACGCCAGCUGGGAGAUCCUCAACAUCUACAAGAAAAAGAAGCACAUCUGCAAACUGCGCCUUUCAGACGGCAGUGAGUAUUUGUUCCAGUGUAAAGACGAGGAGGAGCUCCAGCGUUGGAGCCAGGCCAUGCAGAGGGCCUUCCAGCCCCUGGCAGCGGAGGAGGCGUCGGGGCCCUCGGGGGCCAAAACCCACAGCCUGCCCCCUCCCUCCUCCUCAGCUGCCCUGCCUGAGCCCAGCGCCGGCAAAAAAGAAAAGAAGUUCAGUCUCGCUGGCAAGAAGAAGUAAAGGAAGAUGGGAGGCCAAAGGGAGGGGGGGAGGUUGUCAUGGCAACUUGGAAAGAGAAAGUAGUAUUUGUGUACAAUCGGUCGAAGCCAGCUUUUUAAUCACUAGGUUUUUUAUAUUAUUUAGCGAGAAUUAUUGUAGUUUAGGUUAAAGCCAUCACUAUUUUGCCUGUAUUUAAGCAUACUGUUGCAAAGGUCCACUUUUUUCUUUGUGUUCUUUAUAACAAAAUGCCAAAUUCAAAGCAAUUCAAUUAAAGCACAGGAAUGCUCCUUUUACACUCAACCAAAGAAUGUUUGUUAAACUUUUAUUUUGUUGCUUUUGCUGCAAUUUUUAGCUUCAGUUCGGCAAGCUUUGAUAUAGCCAUGUACAAAAUGAAGGCCUGUAAUGAACAAAGGGUGACUCAAGAUUACUGAGGAGUACUUUAAUCAUCCUGCCUUAUACAAUGGUUGUGAACUGUAAUACUGUGCUAUUUGAAUUUGGAGCACUAAAGCUUGAUUGAGUUUAACAGGCUUUAGAAAGCUUUGUAAAUGCGUCGUGGGGACUUGGUGAUGAGCUAAGCGCAGUGCUGUACAGUGCACACACAGACACACACAGACACACACACUAAGUGUCAUUGCAGGCAUGCAAAGUAAAUGCUCUAUGCACUGUGAAGAGCUUGACUGUUGAGAUUUUUAAUUGAUGACAUACGAGCAGUCAUGAGGCGCCACUAUCAGCUCUGAAUACAGAUCUGGUCCGGUUGUAUUCUCAGCUGAACUGUGGCAGUAGUUAUUUCUGUGAACUUGAAAUAUAUUCAACACUUGUGUAUUGAACCCUAAAUUUCAUAUCUAUUCAUAUAUACAGUAUAUAUAUAUAUAUAUCUACAGAUGCAUGAAGUAUGUUUUACAUUAGUUUGAUAUGGUGCUAUUGUGAUAUUCUUGAACCUUCAGUCAAGAGCAACUUGACCCGCCUUAUUUGUCUUCGACUUUGGCUUGUAAGGUCACACAUAUGGAAAUGUAUUCUGUUAGCUGAGGGCGUUUCAUAGGAGAGCACAUCGGAUUGUGAAAAAGUCUGGUUCAAUCUGACACCCAUAACAACUGUGAUGUUUGCACUCACAGAGACAUAGAUAUUAAACAAAACAAAACUACACCCAUAUAUAGAUUUAAGUUAGUUAAACAAAAUGAUUUCCGACUUAUUUUGACUUAUUUAAACCUCAUUUUAGAAGAACAUUUUUGCCUAAAUAAGCUUGUUUUAAUUUGUUCUUUAACUUUAUGAAACACCCUUCUGAUCUCACAAAGCUACAUCGUAUUUGCCAGAUAAUGUUGUGGGUCAAAUUAAAGCCAUUUAAACUAGUUGCUCUUGUUAGGGCGGUAAAGGAGACUGGACCGUUAUUCAAAAAGGUUUUCCGUUACAAGCCAAAGUCUAGGACAAGCUGUCGGUCAGAUGAAUCUCGACUGCUUUUCCAAACCACACAACAGGACCAGGCAUGCUCUCUAUCUGAAGCGAUGAUCAAACCGUAGCAGUGUGGAGCUGAGGGAAUGUGUCUAUAAAAUGAAUGUAAAGGAGGAGAAGGAAGGGAGAGUUAGGUACGUUUCAACAAUAAAGCCAUUAUAGAAUAAGACUUUCUUAUUGAUAUGCAUACACAGGGAAUACAGAGUAUGUACAGUAUGUGAAGUCUGUGAAACUGCAUUUAUAAUGUCCAUUUGUCACACACACACACACACUCCCACUGCCGUCUUGCCUUGUACUGUGGGCUCUGUCCCUGAACUACGACCCAACUCAAGUGACCUCAAAGGAACGAUGGAAGUCAGGUGAAGAAAGAUUAAUGAGACUGUUCAGCUCCAGAGGACAUAUGGUAGUGCCAUGAUGAUCUCUGUGCAAAAUAUUUACAUUUUUGAUGUUCUUGUGGCCGCCUAAACAGGGAAUACAGAUAUGUUCCCGUGUGGAGAGGGCCAGAGGAACAUCACUCCUAUGAUGUACUGCUACUAGUACCAGUACUCCCAUUUCUGUUAUAAACGCACCUCUUAAUGUUAUGGGAAACUUGCAUCACAUGUACUAGGUCUUGUUUUAAUCUGUCACUAUCUACAGUAACUCAGAUUCUGACACUUCCUACUCCGUCACCUCCUCCAUCCACUUUUAUUCCUCCACUCCUGCCUUUUCUGUUCAGUGGUUUUUAAUCUGCAUUUUGUACUCUCUAGCUAUGUAAAAUAUCCCAAAAUGUUGGAAAUAUCAAAUACAUUUUGAGAGAAUAAACUUUAAAAUAAACUCCUUGAAACUA